UGUCAAUUUAUAUUUGAAAAUCGGUGAUUCGGUGAAAUUUUGCUAUUGUUUCGUGAAAUAAAUUGUGUUUGCGUUUGCUUGCUCACCUUAGAAACCGAUAGCUGUGUGUAUUUUCCAUACCUACCGUUAUAUCGCACUGUUUCCUAAAUUUCCCGUUCUAGAGCAAGUAAGAAGUUAGAAAUAUGGCUAAUGAUCCAGAAAGAUUCGACUCAAUGCUUCUAGCUAUGGCUCAGCAGCAUGAAGGAGGUGUGAAAGAUCUCCUGAAUACUAUAGUGAGCUUCCUGUCAAGGAAGACUGACUUCUUCACUGGAGGAAAGGAGGGAGAUUGGGAGAAGAUGGUCAAGGAUACAUUUUAUAAACACGCCAAGAAGGCCAAAGAGGAAGCUGACAAGAUAAAGAAGGAGAAAGAAGAAGCAGAGAAACGUCUGAAAGAGAUCCGUCAGAAGAAAGAACAGGAACGACUGGCGCAAGACUUUGAGCCCGCCUCAGUCACCGAGAUCACUGACCAGGAAGCUGAGAAGUUGCAAGAAGUAAUUGAACGAGAGAAGACGAAAAGUCCCGAGGUCGGCAGCGGCGACGGUGCCUCAGGUUCAGCAGAAGACGACCUGCCUCCAGAGGACGAUGACCCCAAGGAGAAGGGAAAGCUGAAACCGAAUUCUGGCAACGGGUGCGACCUCGAGAACUACAAGUGGACACAGACUCUGGAGGAAGUGGAUCUCCGAGUGCCGCUGCGGCAGACGCUGCGGCCGCGCGACCUGGUGGUCACCAUCAGCAAGAAACACCUGAAGGUCGGCAUCAAGGGGCAGCCGCUCAUCAUCGACGGCGAGCUCGACGCCGAGGUCAAGAUGGAGGACUCCACGUGGGUGCUGCAGGACGGGAGGAAUCUGUUGAUCAAUCUGGAGAAGGUGAACAAGAUGAACUGGUGGAGUAGGCUGGUGACGAAUGACCCGGAGAUAUCCACUAAGAAAAUCAAUCCAGAGCCGUCGAAGUUGUCGGACCUGGACGGCGAGACGAGAGGGCUCGUGGAGAAGAUGAUGUACGACCAGAGACAGAAGGAGAGGGGGCUCCCGACCAGCGACGAACAAAAGAAACAGGAUACACUCAAGAAAUUUAUGGAACAGCAUCCAGAAAUGGACUUCUCCAAAUGCAAAUUCAACUGAGUCGGGGAAACGGAGAUUUUAGGUCAUUUUUGUCAAAUGCUAAAUUGAUCUAUAAGAGACUGUAUUUUUUUAUUUGUGGCACUAUCACAACAACCUACACGCUAAGAGAAUGAUUAAUUUUCUGUUUAUUUUAAGGUGCUCCAUAAUUACUUAUAUUGUAUCACUUUCUUUUAGGCCUUGAAAUGUUAUCAACCGUUAUGAUUACAUUGCGUAAAUGAGUAGGUAUCAUAAUAAUUUAACGCAGCAAACAUUAAGUACCUAUGCAACUUUUGUGAAAAUACCUAACAAUAAAGUGCAUACAAUUUUC